AUGCGCUACGACGACUGGGACGUCAUCCUCUUCCCCAGGGUCUCUCCCGUUCCCAUACAAGAGUUCAAGACGGCUUGUUACAUCUCAACUGAUGAGGUUGGAUGCCAACUACCUACCCUGACUUGCUACAUCAGCUCUCUCCCACUGUCCACGCCCUUUCGCAUCUCCAUACACUCGUGGACUACGGCGGCAAAGCCUUCUGCUAUCAUCGAAGCCCAAAGAAAGCCGAACCAGAAGGUGGUAUACACAGUUCAGGUCAUUGUUGACGGUGCCAGAGUCUUCCGUGGCUUCUUCGACAUUGCCUCCAAAUGGCCACAAGAAAUUGCACACGAGAAGCACUCCCUGGCCAGUGUCGAGCAGCCCACAAGUCAGAAGAGACCGCGCCUCGAAUUCCCUCCUUUCAGUCUCCAGACACUCCAACAGACAUCCUGGGAUGCUCGCGAUUUCAAAUCACGCAUCAAGAUCAUGCUGUCUGAGCAGUUGAUUGGAAAGACAGCCAGCCCGGGAGAGUUGGAUCUUGGCAUUACCAACGACAUCGUGUGUUUUUCGUUCCAGCAUGCUCCCAGAGAUGUCUUGGAGGAAGCAGGCAUCGCAUGGCCGAUUCGCAACCCGCUCUACCUUCCAGGCGCAUACGAGAGAAUCAAACCACUGGGACAGAUAUCUUCAUUAUAUCCCCGCGCUUCCAAGGUGCGAAAGCCAGCGCCAGAUGUACACAUCCAGUCGCCGCUAUCCCAUCGGUCGAAUCCUUUGAAUACCAGAAAAUCAAAUCCGGACCCACAGGGAUGGCCGCGCACUCAUUUAACUGCUAUAUCCCGUCUCCCGAAGCUUGCGAACACUACGAUGGGUCAUGGACGUAAUCGAAACUGGGACGACUCAUUUUCAGCACUUGGUGAUGAGGGCGACGAAGUUAGCAUGGGUACAUGGUCAACGAAACGGACUGCCUCAAGUUCUGCUGGGGAUGUUGCGAUGCCUGAGUACAUGUUGGCAUCAUCACACGCACUCAAGCCACAUCCGUCGUGGACCAACGCUUCGCCAGUGUAUGAGCAGAGCACAAAUUCAACUAGAUCGGGGCAUCGGUCGAGGGAAAAGAUCGACAAGUUACACCUUAGUGGUUGUCGAGAUGACUUGGGCCAAACAUUGCAGGCAAUGAGUCCGGCCAAGAAGGAUCGAGAGUCACGAUACAAUCUGGGUAGUCAGCACGGAGACCCCAUGGCUCGUCCACCUACUGCUCACGCAUAUUAUCCGCCGAAGAUGGGUUAUACUCCGCUCAUGUCUCGACCGUCAACAGCGUCUAUGGCUCGUACGUCUUCCUAUCCUGACCUCAACUCCGCGUUUCGAAAUGUCUCAAACAAGGGAAUAAGAGCCAAGGCCGACGAGGUGGAGAAUAACUUGAAGGGAAAGUCAUUUGCAUCAUAUCCUUCCUCUAUCUCUAGCAAUAAAGAGAACCGGCCUCCCUCUCAAAUACGCAUGCCGAUCCAGGGCACAUGGUCCAAUCAGGUUCCAACACCUAACCCUUUUGUUCAACGACUACCAGUCUUUGACCCUGAUCUUCCCACGAGAGAACCUAUUUCUAGCUUCUCAACUCAGCCCCGAUAUAACUAUAUCAACACAAUGCACCCGAUGGAUACUGGCAAAUUUGUAUCUGCCCAUGGACCAUCGGCGAUAGGCAGCGUAAGGAGUAGGAAGGAAGGCAUGGCUACACACUCACCUCAGCUCCCACAACAAGCUAUCCGCCACGAUCAAAGUCUGCUCCCACCCACCAGUGGCGCCCCUCCCUCUGCCCAACCAUGCGCCUCCAAGGACCUAGGAAAGCACAGCCACAGCGCGCAAACCUGUAUUCCCUCGGUCGUCGAGAUCAUCGACGUCGACGCCAUCGAUCCCCAAUUGGAAGCCGACAGCGUGGUACCGGACACGACGAAGCUCUCGCCAUUCAAACCCACGCACAAGCAAGGCAUGUCAAGCAUUGACAGCACGGGCCGUCUCGAACAACAGCUCUUCAGUGCGCUGGGAGAGGAACUCGCCAGCUUUGAAGAAAGCAUCGAUGCCAAUGGCAUGGGGCCAGAGCUUGCACGUGCCAUUGGCGGCUCAACGACUCGAACCCAGUCUCAACCGGACUACGGGGCCAGUCAGACGCCGUUGGAUCCCGAGGCGCAUGCAUUUGAGCCCGGUGGGGUGGGCAAGCGGAAGAGGAAGGGGACGCUGGGGGGUGAUCGGGAUCGCGAUGCUGAUCGUAGUCCGUUGAGUAAGAAGGAGAAGGCGGUGAUGGGCAAGGACGAGGUGGGGGUCUUUUGA